AUGGGUGCACCCCCACUCCUGCUUUUGCAAUGCCCUCUGGUUGAUGGGUAUGGCAUAGCCUCUGCUCAAGUGCUUCAGGGUGAUGGCAUUCACUACCGCCGUGAGCAGUUUAUAGCAUGCGUUGAGGCAUGUUAUUGGGCGGUAGUUAGAAGGGUUAUCCUUUGCACCCUCUUUGGGGAUCAGGACAGUGCGUCCACGGCAUAG